GCACGCUUGCACAGCACAGCACAGCUCCACUAGGCUGCGUGCCGGACUCCCGAAAAAGGCUUUCCUGAAUUGAACCUUCUCCACACCAGAUGGGUUUCAAGCUGGUUGGGAAAGGCGCACACCAUACGCGCGCCGACGAGUAAACGGCACCGAUCAUGUCUAGCGAGCAAGAAGAGGAGGAGGAGCAUUGGCCCGAGCUCUCAUCCGAAAACUUGGUCAGAGCCGAUCGACGCUCAUCCAACAAGUCGCCCGUCCAUCAGCUUAGUCCCAAAGCGAGCAGAGCUGGUGCAAGCACAAGCACAAGCACAAGCGGAGCAGCAGCAGCAGCAGCAGCAGCCGUUGGACAAUCAGCAAAGAAUAGCGGGACGACGACGACGACGGCAUCGACCGAUGAUGCAUCCAGGGUCAAAAUCGCGACUCGAUCACAGCAAGCUGCACUGCGCACCGCAGCGUAUGCCAAUGCACAGGCCAGGUACUCGCAUUCGCCCUCCAACAGCUUCGCUUCAUCGCCAUUGCCUCCCGGCAUGCUGGCCAUGUCCGCUUCUACAACGCCUCAAGUAGCUGCGGCAGACGCAUCGGUUGCACCAACACACGCGAGCUCGUAUGGCGCAUACGCCCCAUUCGCCGCUCACACCAUGCCGGGACCGCGGCACAUCAUGCCGUCUGGCACGCCCGCUUAUCCCAGGGUCUCGCAGCAAUCCCUGUCAUCCGCCUUUCAGUACGGCGCUCAAACGCACCAAGGAGCACCCGCUUGGCAGGCUCAUCAUGGCAUGAAUGGUGCGAUGCAAUACCCCAAUGCUCCACCUCAUCAGAUGGUCUCCAUGACGGGUCUUCCGCAGUGGCAGCUCGCGGUACAACAGCAGCUUGCGCUCGCUUCCAUGCAGCAACAGAUGGCUCAGUGGGUGGCCGUCUCUCAACCUCAGCCUUCGCUUGCGCAUCAGAUGCAGCAAGCUUCUCACCAGAUUGCACCGCCUCGGCCGGCCGCCCCUCCACUGCCUGCUGUCCCUUCAGCACCCAGGCAAACUUACUACGCGCAACCCGUCCGGCAGACAGUGUCCACAUCUCGACCUCCUGGACUGCUUCCUCCGGCCCGCGCGCCGUCAUCUCUGGCCGUCAAAUCUCCGGGGCCUCCUCCUCCACCACUUCCGCCUCCUCCUCCUCCGCCCCCAAUCGGUGCAAAGACGACUCUGAAACAGUGCACCUUGCCCGAAGAGUAUUCAAAGGUCUUGCAAAAGUCUGUUGCGGCGACGGCGACGACGACGACGACGACGACGACGACAAGCCCGAGAUCGAACGCUUCUGUGAGCGCUGGUAAUCCGAGCGCCAACUCUUCGCCGGAGGAGAAACACCUGCUUCUCUCGCCUGGCACGAGCGUGGCCGAAGGUCAUGGAGCGCUAGGUCCGCAAAGUCUACCCCACGCUAGACGGAGCAGAGAAACGACGCAGAGCGAUAGUACCAACCUGGAGGCAAAGCAGGACGAAAAGGAACGCUUCUUCACACCGAGACUCGCGAAUGCGAGGAGCAGUCUGAGUGGCGAGCUGGACACACCUUCAUCUUCCAGAGUGUCUCGAUAUGCUCAGCCCUUUGUGCCAGCUUGGAUGAGACAAGUGGCCAUCGAAACGCCUGUGCACAUCGUUCCGCUCGUGCGCAAAGAGUCUAUAGAUUGGCAAGCCUGGCGCUCCACCUUUCUUCCGCCCGCCCUGGCGACUGCUGCCGAUGUGGAGCACGAGGCGGGCGAACGCUUUGUGGAAGAAGAGGUCGAGGGAGCGAGCAUCGCUCGAACCCCCACCUCAUCCCCGACCCGACGUUUUGUGCCGAGCCCGUCCGAAGGCAGCAGAAGCGGACCGAUACGGGACUGGAGGGACAAAGAAGGCAUCUUUGGGUCUGAUUUCGACCCCACCUUGCCAGAGUCGGGAUCGGAAUCGGGAUCGGGGUCAGAGUUGCAAUCCGACGCUGCAUCCGAGCUGGACGUGAGCAGCGCCGAGGAUCAGCAAACGCGGUCCAUGGGCCCUUUGAUGCUUCCAGACCAGUCUAUAUAUCCUCUCCAAUCCGCUAGACGCGACGGCGCCGCACAUCAGACCCAGAGCAUCGGUGCUGCUUCACCUGAUCUCACAAAUUCAAAGCAAAAUCCGCUGCUCAAACCUUCUGCCGCCACGGCCAUGUCCACACUGGUGCCCGCGCUAGAUGCGCAGCAUUAUGCCCGCCGAUUCACCAUGCUGCUGCGAAACGAGAUGGACUUUAGGGCGGAAGAGCUGGCAGGUCAGACGCUGUACGGCGUGGGUCUGGAAGCGUACGAUGCGCAAAGGGGCAGGCCUCGUCGGGGCGAUCACAAUGUUGCCGUCGACCGCGGUCUGUGGAAUCUCAAGUUGCCAGGUAUCAGAGAAGAGUACCCAAAGCUGCAGCCGGGAGAUUUGGUGCGGCUCAGACCGAUUGUCGAUCAGGGAUGGAUAGAGCUGGAGUACGAAGCGAGGGUAUGGGCUUUGAGGACGGUGGAAGGGAUUGUGGUGCUCAAGUGCGAUGAGAUCGAAGAAGGCAUGAUGGAGCAGAUGGGAACGUCUAUGAAUCAAGCUAGAUUCGUCGUGCUGUUUAGCGGAGAUCAGUCUUCGGAGGUGGACGUCAUUGCGUGCCUCAAGCGCGUUCAGCAGAUCCUGGCAAACGAAGAUAGACCUGCAGCCAUCUUGAAGAGGUGGCUCUUCCCGCUACCUCAGCAUUCCGCAACGACGCAGAGCAAGGCGAGCAGCGAGCUGGACAUGUCCAUCGCUUUCGAAGGUCAAGGGCUCAAUCCGGAGCAAAAGGUCGCGGUCGAGAGCAUUGCGAUGCGCCAGCACCGCGUGCCAUUCCUCAUCCAGGGUCCGCCAGGCACGGGCAAGACGCGCACCCUGGUGGCAGCUUGCCUUUCCGUGCUACAGCGAAACGCGAAAUCCUCCAUCCUGCUCUGCGCUCCGUCGAACGAAGCGGCCGAUACGUUGGCCCUACGACUCGUCAAGUCUCUGAAUAGGCAACAGCUGAUACGCAUCAAUGCUCCAGGUAGGACCUUUGCGGAAUUGCCCGAAGCGCUCGUGAUCUACUCUCAUAUCGAGAAUACGGACGAUGGAGCUCACUUCGGUCUGCCACCUUGGACCACGCUCAUGAAGGCUCGGAUCAUCGUUACUGCUACGCACGAUGUGCCCUUGCUGCUGAAGUCUAGAGGUGUCAGUAAUGCGGAUCUGGGUCGCCUCGAAGCGACGAUCUAUCAAGGGCUGCGUCCCGCCGAGCUUGCGCCCGAUGUUCCUCUGCACUUUACGCAUCUCUUCAUCGACGAAGCGUCGCAGGGCACAGAGGCUCAAACGCUAUCUGCGCUGCUCGCCGUCUUGCCCUCUCGACACACCAAGACUCAAGAGCCCAGCGUGGUCUUGUGCGGCGACACCAAGCAGCUGGGACCGCACGUUCACUCUCCCUGGGCACGGGCCUAUGGGCUAGAUGUCAGCAUGCUGGAAAGACUGAGCGGUAGAGACGCGUAUAGACACCGCUUGCGGGCUCUAAGGACGCGCGCAAGGAAUGCUCUGUUGACAGGCAGCUUCGACAAUGAAGACUCGCCCGACGCCUGGGCGUACUCUCCAUCGCUUCUGCGCGCAAAGCUCGAAAGUGGGAGUCGGACGAAAGAGGAGCACUCUUGUGCCCAGCUGGUGCGCAACUAUCGACAGAGGGAUGCGAGACUUUUGCAGACGCCAUCUUCCCUCUACUACGACGAAUGCCUCUUGCCGUGCGCCAAACCUCGCGUCUCUGCUCUACCGAUCUGGUCUGGCUUGCCGAAUCCGGACGUGCCCAUUCGCAUCGAGCACGUGGAAGGCAGCGAUGAGUGGGUCGACGAGGGAAGCUCUUGGUUCAAUCUGGAAGAGGCGAGACGCGUAGUGGACAUUUGUCGAAGCUUGACCGGACUCGCGCCGUCCUCGGACAAGGCAGCGUGCGCUGCGCCAGCGGAGGAGGAGGACGCCAACGCACGAGGAUCUUUGCCUUCGGCGCAGCUUCAACGCAUCGUUGGCCCGCGAGAAAUCAGCGUCAUUUCGCCUUUUCGAGAACAGGUGUGGUGCAUACGUCUGGCUUUGAGAUCUUCUCACCAUACGCUCAAGGAUGUGAAUGUGGGCCAUUGCGAAGUAUUUCAAGGAGCCGAGCAUCCCGUCAGCAUCAUCUCCACCGUCCGGACGCGUGAGCGUUUCUUGGACAACGAUGCGAAGAGGAGCAUGGGUCUGCUCUUCGAACGCAAAAGGCUUUGCGUCACACUAACCAGAUGUCAAGACAUGCUCAUCGUGCUGGGAUGCGCGCCAUUGCUGGCCAAGGAUGAGGACUGGGCAGCGCUGUUGGAACACUCGAUGAGGCACGGAGCCUACGUCGGUCCGUCACUAGCCAAUCUCGACCCGGCUUCGGGUCGAGGCAUCUCGGCGCUCGAAGCAGCAGCAGCUGCUGAAACUCUGGUAUCUGGCGUUCAAAAACGGCAUAGAGACAGGUCUGUCGCUGCACGGGUGCAGCAUGACAGACCUAAUGGCGUAGUCUCGGCUUCCAGUCAGACCGAGGAGGAUGACGACGACGAUGGCGAUGAUGAUGAUGAUGAUGAAGUCAACAAGGCUAUGGCUCUCGUCGUCGGACGCAUGACUGCUGCUGCUCUUCUAGAUGAGGACGACGAGGGCUGGACCUGAGCAUGCCGUGUCGUUCCCUUUUGCUUUCCAACAAUCCAUUUCUACCUUGCCUCUUCCCCUCCAACUCCCCCCUCCCCCCCCCCCACCCCCGUCUCGUCUCGUCACGUCUCGUUUCACACCGCGCAACCUUUGCGAGCGGCCCCUUCAUAAGCACGACCCUCCUCCAACACGUUGAUACCGCACGAACCCCUCUCGUCUCUCGGGCCACCUUCCAAGCGCACCUCAAACUCCCUUAGAUUCCACAUUUUCUGCCACCGGUGUGAUCUUGACAUACAGCUGAUGCCUACUUACCCCCUCUCAACGAUCCAUCAACAAUGAGACUACUGUUACAGAGCGG